AUGACUGCAACAUUGAGAUCGACAAAGCAUUUACAGUUCGUGUCGCCUAAUUUUGAAGACGUACAUUUUUAUUUUAAAAAUGUCGAAGCUCAAAAUUGGCGACUCAAACAUUAUUUACAUUAUCGUUUGAAACAAGAUAAGUCAAUCCUAUCCUGGAUGAAAGUCUAUGAUGACUGGAAGAAGUCGCUCAAUGUUAUUAUAAAGAACGGUACUAAAAAAAUUCCGGGUAGUGUGCGUACUUUCUGUGCUGAUCUACUGGAUAUUGACGAAACCUUCGAAGGGUCGGUCGUCUUGCAAAGCUGUAAAGAUAUAUAUGAAGAUUUCUACGAUCAGAACCUUGAGAUACAAAUCUCCGAUAGAGUUCAAGAACUAGAGAAAAGCUUAUUCUCUUCUCAAAAGAUAUCAAAUCAUUUUCGAAAAAUAACAAGAGGGAAAAAGCGAUCGCACAAUGACAACGAUAAAGAAGUAUGGCAAAAACGUAGUCGACAAAAUCAUAUUGUUAAUGGUCAAGACAGCGAAGAUAGCGAAAGAAUAGAAUCCAGCGAUGACGAGUCAGAUCUUGAAAAUAAAAAUGUAAUUGAAGAUAUUGAAGAGCAGAUCGAGUAUCCUGAUGAAAAAAGCCCGAUGGAUGUUUGGAAGUUACCUUCUGGUAUAACUGUUGCUGAAGCAAUUCAUGGUCCUACCAUUCUUCACAAAUCUCACCCAUCUAACCUGGGAAUUAUACGCGUUGGAGCAAAUGUUCGACAACCUGAAUGGAUUCAGAAAAAUGAUUGGAGAUACUUACAAGCAAGCAUUGAAUAUCCUGAAUGUCCUCUAUCCACUGAUGUGAUUGAUCUCUUCGAUACUCUGCUUGGAACGGACUCGCUGACGGAAUAUACAGAAGUUCUUUAUGAUAAAAAAUUCAACUUCAGGGAAAACAAGCAAUUGGUAUUUGUCAUUGAUGUACUUCUAUGGUUUUCGAAAACAGUGUUCAAUCCUACCAGUGCUUUUCAUAACCCCGUUCACAGGAGUCAGUUCUGGGUUCCCUCCUGGUUCAUCCUAUCCUACAGUAUCUUGCCAAUGCAAGUGAUCAUGGUGUCAUUUAUAUACCGUAGAGGAGAGGCUUAUCUUCAGGCAAGUGCAAACCAGCGCUUAAUCCGACGUGAUCUUAAACCAGAAGAUGAUAAGCCAUUGGGUCUCAAAGUCGAUGGGAUUUUUCAGUCAUCUGAUAUUGAAUUUGGAAUGGUUGAGUUGUCUGGUGGACAUUUAACUUGUGAUUUGCCCCGAUAUUUAAAGGAUCAUGUUCGUGGAUUCUGGGGUCAACGUGAUCUUCUUAAUGAUGCAGCUGCAAAAUUUGCGUGUGGCGAUUUUAAGAUAAUGAGACAAUUACGCACAUGGUUUCUUCAUGUUCAUGGACAAGAUGUUCAAGUAUGGGGGAUGGACCUACCUGUUAAAAAUGUUUACCGAAUGUUUCUACUUGGUGCAUUUCGACUUCCAAUUAGUUGGGAGAAUCACCACGAACUUCUGAGUGCGAUACCAAUCUUGUGGAAUCUAGGGAGGGGUCUGGAUAAUACUAUCAAAAUUCUUGAGGAGUUGAAGAAAUCAAAUCGCCGCCAUUCAAUUUCACGCUCUCAAGUUUUAAAAUUGAAAAGCUAUAUUGGUGACACCAAGACAUGCUCACCAAAACGACCUAAGGGUAAAAAAGCACGCAGUAUCAAUCCAUUAAAGUAUAAUGAACCGUCUUCACCUGGAUAUUGA